AUGGCGGUGGUUGUCUUAGACAAUGGAGGUAGUAGCGCUAAAAUUGGAUAUACAACCGACAAACAACCAAGAAUUAUUCCCAAUUGUGUGUCAAAAGCCAAAAAUGUACGUACACGAAUAUUUAUUGGUGACCAAAUUGAUGACUGCAAAGACCUUUCUGGCCUUUACUAUCUUCUUCCAUUCCAAAAGGGUUAUCUUGUCAAUUGGGAAAUUGAAAAACAAGUCUGGGAUUAUUUGUUUGGUAAAGAUGUUCUCAAGGUUAAUUUCAGUGAAACAACUCUUCUCAUAACUGAACCACAAUUUAAUUUUCUUUCCAUUCAAGAAGCAAUGGAGGAAAUCUUUUUUGAAGAUUAUCAAUUUAAAGCAAUUUACCGAACGAAUGCCACCCAAUUGUCUGACUAUAAACUACGCAAGGAUCAAAGCAACUCCUCCUCAUCCCCUUUGUGCAGUUUGAUUGUGGACACAGGUUACUCCUUUACUCACCUUGUGCCUUACUUAAAAGGCAAAAAAAUGAAAAAUGCUGUGAAAAGAAUCAAUGUUGGAGGCAAAGUCAUGACAAAUCAUCUCAAAGAAAUUAUUUCCUACAGGCAGUUGAUGGUAAUGGAUGAAACUUAUGUGAUUAACCAACUGAAGGAAGAUGUUUGCUAUGUGGCACAGGAUUUUAACAAAGACAUGAAAAUUGCAAGGUCCAAAGGCAAAGAUAAUACAAUCUGGCGUGAUUACAUUCUCCCUGAUUAUACAACUAUCCAUCGAGGUUAUAUGAAACCUGCAGAAGAAACUGAUACAAAACCCAGCAGCAAUGAACAGUUAAUCAAAGUAAACAAUGAACGUUUUGCUGUUCCCGAAAUCUUAUUCCAUCCGUCUAACAUUGGCAUUGAAGAGAUGGGCCUGGCUGAAACGGUAGCUUAUAUUUUGACCCUCGUUCCAGAAGAAAUCCAUCCACAUCUUCUCAGUAAUAUCAUUCUCACUGGAGGAAACUGUUUUCUACCAGGAUUUAAAGAUAGAUUCCUCAAAGAAGUAAGAUGCCUUGUACCAACUGAAUAUGAUCUCCAUGUGACAGUACCCAGCAAUCCACAGACUUAUUCCUGGCAGGGUGGAGUUGCCCUGGCUUCUGACCCCAAAUUUUCAUCAAUGGUUGUCACAAAACAACAGUAUGAUGAAUAUGGACAUAGCAUCUGUGCAGAUAAAUUUGAAGUAUAA